AUGGAAAAUAUUUUAUUGGAAAUAUUUCAUGAAAUAUGUAAAUACGUUUCACCAAAAGAUUUAUACUCAUUAUCAACGGUAUGCAAAAGGUAUAGAAAAAUUUUAUGGUUAACUCACUCGAUAAAAUGUCAAAAUAUUUGGAAAACAUCAAGGCAAAGAUGUUUAACAUAUCCAAAUUUACCACCACCAAAUGGUUGGAACGAAGAUUGGCCAGAACAAAAAUAUAUUUGGUUUACUUUAUUAAGUGAUAAAUGUUUUAUUUGUAAAGAUCGUUUAUUGGAAAAAUUUCAUGAUAGGUGUUGGGAAUUUAGAGUUAAUUGUUGUAAAGAUUGUUUUGAUAAAUGUGCAGUCAGUCAUGUUAACACUAAAAUUAAUGUACCUCAAGUAAUUUAUACAUGUGUCCCAUGGAUUAGACGUCGGCUUAGAAGAGGACAACCAAUUCAGUACUUUUGGACUAAGGAUAUACAAAAAGCGUAUGAAGAAUAUAAAGGAUUGGGAAAUGAAGAAGAAAGGCAAGAUUGGGUUGUUAAAAUGCAGCGUAAAGUUCAAAGAUUUUUACAAGAAAUUUUUGAUUAUAAAUUACAAGACACCGUAGAAAUCACUAGAGAUCUUCAAGCUAGACUUAUUAGCAAUAAUCACCACCAAAGAACGUAG